CCGCCAUGUUAGGAGCGGGGCGGCGUUGCGCGGUGCGCGGGGAGCUCUGCGCGGGUCCCGGGCGGUGCCUGCCUGCCGGGGGAGCCUGAGCGCGGGGCUGCGCCGCCGGGGAGGCGGCCCGCCGACAUGCUGCUGCUCCGAGCUGCCGCCUGCUGCCGCCGGGCCGCCUCCGGCCCCGCCUGGCUGCGGAGGGCCGCCGCGCACCGAGGGCCACCCGCCGCCUGCCGCCGCCGGGACAGCGCGGGGGGGCGGCAGGUUACGUCUUUUCAAGCGCUGGCUGUUCGCAGCCUCAGCACAUCCGCCCCUCCUGACCACCCGGAACAUGGAAGAUUAGUUUAUAAAGGAAACUUGGCAAAGGCGGUGUUUGGUGUGAGGUUUUUCUCUUACUCCACCAGCGUAUUCAACCUGUUCAUGGUGCCCUACAUCAUGCUCAAAACUGGCAUUGGAUUUGAUAGUCUGCUUAUACAAGCUGCAUUUUAUGGGUUGAUAGGGUUUUUUACAUUUGUAACGCCAGUCACUUUGCAUAUCCUUACAAAAGGCUAUGUGAUUCGACUCUAUUACAAAGAGGAAAUGGACACCUAUACAGCUAUUACGUACAAUGCAAUCUUGACAGAAAAAGUGACUGUCUUCCAUCAGAAAGAUGUGAAGAUUCCAGACAUCACCAAGAUGUUUACAACGUUUUAUGCUAAAACUAAAUCAAUGCUUGUUAAUCCGCUGCUUUUCCAGAAUCCUGAGGAUUUUAACCGUCUCAUGGGCUAUGACAAAUCCUUAUAUUUUGAUUUUGAGGAGGAAAAGGAAAACAGUGAAAGUAAAUAACUUGCAGAUCAGGAAUGUCACUUAUUGUUUAUGGUGCAGAGCUAUAUAUGUAAAAGCAUGUUAUGUUCUAUUACAUUUUCUUAAGUAUCAGGUAACAUUUGAGUUCCCCAAAUGUGUUUUGGAAUGUACUGAAAAAAAAGGUUCUAAACAAUGUGCAGUCUUUCUUCAAAGUUAAUGACACAAAACAUACUAAAAAAUGCUUAUGUCUGUCUUGUGCUUGCUGUUCUUGAUUUAACUUUUAUUAUUAACUGUCCAGGAGAAUGGUAAAAUUCAUGGGCUGUGCUUCAAACUCACAAUCUCUGUUGUAAAAUUCAUAUUAAAAAAAUGAUCAGCAUUCAUUACCUGUCAGGUUUUUAAGAUUAGAGAGAAAUUGCAUUUAAUGCAAAAAGAUAGGGCUCUUUUUUUUUUUUUUUUUUUUCCCUCCUGAUGCUGCUCUUCAUACCCAGAGUGGUAUUGGCUUUUACUUAGCCAGGAAGAGUCUUCAGAAAGCAGACAGGUAUUGUUACUAGUUCCUUUUAGAGGUCUGGGGGCGUCUGGAGAAGUUAGAAAGAACAGCUUAGUCACAGCAAGGUAUAGUCACAGGUACUAAAUGGUGUGUUAAGGUAGAGUCCCAUUCCCAAGGAACACUGCUCCCAGAUACAGAAAACAAGUAGCCUGUCUUUUCUGUGUGUACUUAGGGGAGCGUGUUAGUAUAAGAACUGUGCUGUGAAAAUCCUGUCAAAGCAUGCUGUAUUUGGACCUACUUAAAAUACUAGCAGCUGCUGGUUAAAAUGGACUCAUUUACCAUUUGUGACAGUGGGGGAUGCAAAAGGAAAUCUCUGAUAGAAUACUGUUUAGAGCUUGUGCCUUAAAAAGUAUACCUCUUGAUUUUUAGGUCUGCAAAGAAAGACAUCUUUAAUUCAAGUAAAGAGCAUUAGAUCUUUUCAUGUGACUGGAUUGCUUAAAUUAGUUUUGCACUCUGAAUAAGUGAAAAUUGGAUUUAAAUGUUUUUAAUCCAAGGAGAAGUUUGACACGCAAACUGACAAGUACUUGUAUAAAAAUAAUGAAAGUCCUAAAUAUUUUCAGACUUAAAAAAUUGCUGAAUCAGACAAGAAUACAUACAGAAUUCAAACUGAUCCUUUCAUAUUGGCAGUUUACUUUGUAAAUCUGAUGCUUGCUACUAAUUCCUGAUUAGUCAUCCUGAUCCUGUGAAUAAAGAAAAAAUAAUUAGGAAACAUCCGUACAGGUGGUUAUAAGUUCUAGCCAAGGAAAAGAUGUAUUUAAAAGUCUAAAUGUAUUCUAAAACUAUGAUUCCAAUUCCUUCUUGCAGGUUGACACUGUAGAUAAUUCUAAAAUACAUGUGUUUUUAAAUAUUGUUCUUACUGUUGAAACCACUCUUGAUAUAAUGGCUAAUUAAAAAGCAAAUCAGUCCAUUGAGUUAUUUCUGAGGCACAUUUGUGUUGGAACAGCUUUCAUUUGAAAAGCCUGAUCUAACCCCGUAAAGCCAGUAUCACUCGGUAGGUAAGCGUUAAUAUACAAAAAUGUGUUCAAUGCGUCAUACUGAAGACAGGAGGCCAGUAACAAGCAAUUCUGAUCACUUGGUUGUAGUACUUGUUCUCAAUGAAGUGAUGUUUUACACCUAAUUAAAAAAUUGUUCAUUCUUUCCA